GAAUGGUCGCAUCCGCCUUUGGAUGUAGCUACGUUUCGCAAGCACAUCGCCGCUAAUUUUGGGAGGCGUUUGUAGUUACCCACAGCCCAACUUGUUGUUUCUUACCAACUUCCCAAAUUAAACGGUAGAUGAGUGCCAUUUGAUACAAACUUUGAAAGAAAGAAAACAACGGGCAUUGGGUUUCCAGUUCAGUAUGGAUUUGGCUACAUUUCAUCCCGUUUUCCUUUUUCUCGGCGUGUUUCAAGCGGUGGUGGCCCACGUGGAGCCGCCGAUCAACGCGACCUUGCACUGCCACAAUCUGCACAACGUUCUGAAUUGGAGUUACGACCAGCUCUCGCCAGGGCUUAGAUUCCGAAUCAAUAUUUUAGCAACAUCAAGUUUAAAUGGUGCUCCUGAUGUUGUUUGGGUGGACCCACCAGCGGAACUACAAGCCGACUUGUCAUUUCUCUCUGAUCCAAGUAAUGUCUACCAUCUUACCGUAACUGCCGUAAUGGGACAGAAUGAAUCUAUUCCCGCCCCUCAUGAUGGAAUCAUUUUCAGCUAUUUCAAGGACUCUCUGGACGGUCAGAUAUGUUUUGUGGACUUCCCACCAGUAAACGUCACUGCCCAGCCGGAUAACACUGUCCUGGUCCGCUUCACGCAUCCCUGGCUGGUGUACCGGCAUAAGCUGCAGAGGAGUAAAAACACCAAUCCUAGGUCUAGGAAAAGCAAUGAUGCACCGCUACCUAUAUUUCAUUAUGAUGUCAUGACCACGAACCAGCAGCACUACAGGUGGCAGUGUGUGGACAGUGUGUGUGAGGAGAAGCUUCCAGUGGAUGCUGCACAGAAGAAACACUGUCUGACGAUGAGCGGGGAGAUGAAGAAAAUUUCAGUUCAAGGGACACAACCGUACUGCGUCCAUCCAGUAGAAGAAUCCCCAAGCUAUAUCGUCCACAUCUGCGUCGUGGGCACCCUGUUGUUCGGGAGUGCAGUUGCUUUUGUCCUCUUCAUGGUGUACCGAAAAAAGACCAUGCCUUUAACUUCUAUUCCAAACUCUAUGACCUUCAAGAGUAAAGUGAAGCAGUGGACCGGUGGACCGGGACUGAUUCAAGAGACGGUCUCUGUGCCAGAAGUGGAGGCUACCUCACCGACACCUUUACUGCCAACAGAAGAAAAUGAAUUCACAGCUACUGUCACCUCCUCUACUGAGCCCGAACUGCGUCUGCCCAUUGGCGUGUCGACCGAGGAUGAAGGUGUGUCUGAUGACGUGGAGGUAGGGAAUGAUGAAGGACCGGGGUACAUGCCAGGCAGUAACUUUGAUGAAGAUGAAGCCCCCUCUGGUUAUGAGAGUCGUCCGGUGUUGGUUGAGUUUGCACCAGGUGAACUGGCCGAGGGCUACCGUGGCUGAAGGUGGAACUUGUACUAUCUGAACGUUGUCGCAAAUUGAAUGUUUGCCAUUAGGAAAAUAGAGCCACUCUCCUGGAAUCCUGCAACCGCUUGUCAUUAAAACGGAAAACUAUGAAAAUCUAAAUCUCAACAGCGACUUACAGUCGUCGUUGCAAAUUUCACUUGGUUCGGUUUGUGUUAUUUCCUUGUCAGACCAUCUCAAUGCCAAGUGAAAAGAGAAUUGGGAAUAUGAUUCUUGUUAGUGCACCUUGACCUCACUUACAUUUUUAUUUGCGUUUAGAUUCAUGUCAAGCCUUUGGGGAAAAUAUUCCUGCAAAGCAAUUGCAACUAGAGUUGCAUUAGUUAAACGGCCUUACAGUUGUAAGAUAAAAUAAAUCAAAGUAUUUGCCAGAUCGGAUCAGUCACCAGAAUGUCAGCAGUGUAGUAAUGUUUUCCGUCUAUUAAGUGCUUAAUUUUGUGUUUCAAUCGUUCGCAGCCUGUGAUCGAUUCUUCUGCUUUCACAAACGUUGCAUGCCUAACAGUGCUGAACAUGUUUGUUAAGCACCUCAUAUAUAACGUGAUUGAUUAUUUUACAGUACAGUACAUUCAUGUCACAGACAUUUUGGUCUAAAGUGACUUAAAAUAGGUCAACAAGUUGUCAUGCUAUGUGGUUAUUACUACAGGACUCUUAACUGUUGAACUGAUACUUCACUUGUUACCUGUUACCUUUAUCAUGUACAGAAACCUACACAAUAGCUCAAAGGGACUUAACUGUGUUCUAUAUCCUGUAAUGUAUAUUGAAAUACUAACCAUACUAUUACACAAAAAUCUGUUCAUUCAAAUCAUACAUUGCAUGCAUUUUUCAGCUACUAAACUGAAUGGUCAUAAUGUAUUCACUAUGGAAUAAUUACCGCCGAUUUCCCUUUUGCUUAUUUGCACGUUUUUCUACUUGCUCGUAGCACCUUAAAGUCGCAGUGAAAUAGAACUUAACUUUUAUAAUGUGACUUAAUUCUGUGUGAAAUGGAAUAUUUGGGCGAGUAUAGUUGAUCAAGUCUUUCAGAGUCGAUUGGAUCCCUUAAAAACCUGAGUGUGGCUUAGCGAUUACAGAACAACCCAAAUCUGUAGAGAAAUGUUUGCCUCCUCCUUCCCCUCCCUGACUUGCUGGUAGAUCUGGAGGAGGAGAACGAUGGAGAAAUGAAUACAUUAUUUAUUCACGAAAAGCCAAACACACACGCUCCCAUAUAAAAUCACUCAGCUAGCUGCUACAGCCCAUAAGCCAACAGCCAGGUGUGGUUUUAAAGGAUGGCUGGAAGGAGGAAGGUUGGCUGUUGCCCUAAAGUACAUUUGUUUAGAUAAAUGUAUAGACACCCACGAGUUCAAGCUGAGUUGUCAAAAAUUUGUGUUUUGACAUUUAUUUGGCAAAUAAGAGAUAAUUGAACAGUUAAUGCAGGGGGACACAGGCCUAGAAAAUGUAUUAGGUCUUAAAUGCAUUUAUACAGUUUGAGAACUGCAAUUAAUAAAUUUUCUGAAGAAAUGAGUGGCGAUCUUGCACGGGAGGAUGAAGGGAAGUGAUGUUGUAUUGUAUUGUGCAUUAUCUCCGUACUUGUAUACUUAUUUUUUCAGUCGCUUUUUGUUGUUUUGCAUUAAACUUUUUUUGUGUUAAAUAAAUGAAAACUCACAGAUGUUAAGUCAAUGCAAGGUAUCUCAGAAGGUUGAUAUGAUUAUACUCAGUGCUGAACAUAUGAAAACCGUGUCUGGCUGAACCACAUUUUUUUAAGUGAUGCUGACAAUGACAAAAAAAAAAAAUUGGUGCUUUUAUUUGUGCAAACACUUUUAGUCCCGCAAUUUCAAAUGGGAAAGGACAGCUAUAAUUACCAGCCAGAGUGAUUGUUUGGAUGUAAUGAUGUUUGGAUGUGUUGUUAGCUCUAGUUUGGAUUUUGGAUGAGGGGCCAGCUAAUUAAACUCAAGCACUUGAUUCUCUAAUGUUAAUGAAAUGUUCAUUUACUUUCUCGGUAUCUAGUUAUCGCUGUGCUUUUUAUAAUAUGGUUUUCUUUUCUGUCUGCACACUAGUGUCUUUUUUUUAUAGCAUUAAAUCAUUUAAAAAAA